AAUCAAAUCUCGCGGCGGUUUCCCAACGUCCACAAACAUGGCGGCGUGCUGUUUGUGUUUUUGUCUCACCUGACGGUUUUUAGGAAUUUCUCGCCCGAAAUAAGCCGCUUUCGAUGUGAUUCUUGUCAGGUCCCUUCCUGUCCAGUAGUUUGAUAGAUUGACCCGUCCUACCGCUGACAUGAUGCAGUAAACAUGUCGUCUGACGAGGAGAUUCUCAUGCGGAAUGUGUCGGACCUGCGCAAACGGCUGCAGCAGACAGAGCAGAGUCUCCGCAGACUGGACACCGCAGCUGUGGCCGCAGCAGUGGACGCCAACGGAUUUGAUGACCUCCAGUCCAACUACUCCUCUCCUGAGAGGUUACCACCUUUGACCCUUGAGGACUUGACCCCUGACCCCUCAGAACAUGCCCUGGAUGACCGUGGUUUCUAUAGUAACCAUGAUGCAGUAGCUCCCAUUGGUCUGUCGUAUGGCAACGUGAGGGCAGACUUUGGUGUUCCCGUGCAGAGAGAUAUGCCGUCCUCGGCGCGGUCGCGGUCGUCGGCCUCCAGUUUCGACAUGGGGGACGGGGAAAACGAGCUCCUGAGGAAGAAACUGGCCAAACUGCGGCAGGAGAACACCCAGCUCAUCUCCCAGAACCACAAACUGCACACUGACAUGGAGAACACCAUGUACCAGCUGCACCAGGCUAACAAUAAGAUGAAGAUCCUGACUAUGGAGCUGGAGGCUCACAAGGAGAGUGUUCCCUCACUGGAGGACAAGGUCGUCAGUCUGGAGGCAGAGGUCACAGCACACGACAAGGCUUUAAGAGAGGCGGAGGAACGUCUGGACGAGGUGCAGAGACAGUUGUCGGACAGAGAGCGAGACGUGAAGAGACUCCAGGCUGAAAACAAAAGCAUCAAGGCUGACUUACUGGAGGAGACAGGGGAGAGGAAAAGAUCUGAGAACCAGCGAGACGAAGCUUUACAGAGAUUGGAGGAACUUUCUGAAGAGCUGGAGGACUACAGGUCAAAGGUCAAGGAAAAACUAAAAAAGCACCAGUUGACAGAAGAGCAGCUGCGGGACAGCCUGCUCCACUCAGACCGUGAGCGGGGAGAACUGCUGGAUCGAGCAGCCUCGCUGGAGGGACAGGUCAAGGACCUGCAACAGCAGCUCAAGAGGUUACAGAACGAGGGAACAGUUGAGAGAACAUCUAAGACAGACCUUGAGUCCCAGAACCUGGAGAUGCAGCGGACAGUCAGCAGACAGGCACACAGGAUCAACAGGCUGGAGAGUGAUCUGGGAACAAAGGAACAAGAGAACACAGACCUGAAGCUGCUGUCCAGCCGUCAGAAGGAGAAGCUGGCCAAGUGUCAGUACGAGGUGGAACAGAGUCAGUCUGAGCUCAGGAGACUGGAGGCCAUGGUGCAGAGGAUACAGGAGAAAUCACACGUCACAUUCACGCCCACCAGUGACUCCGGGUUCAGCCAGCGGCACCGUGAUGGAGACUCCACCAGCCCAGACGAGGCGGACGGGACCGUGUCUCCCAGCAGAGCAACUGUCGCUGAUCUCAGACUGAAACUUGCCAUGAAGGAAGCAGAGAUCCAGAAGCUGCAGGCCAGUCUGGCCUCGCUGACCGCUGCGGCCGCGUCCGGCCAGCGCGAGGCUAUCGGACUGGGUGACAGUGGACGCAUGGACGGACUGAGGAAAGAACUCACAGCCAUCAUCGAGAGGAGUAGACUAGGUGACAGGAAGUCUCAGGAGUUGGAGCACAUUAUUGGUCGACUGGAAGAUGAGCGCAGCAAACACGCCUCCAAAUUACUCCGACUGGAGGAACAGAUUGCUGACAAGACUGCGCAGUUGGAGGCCAAAUGCAAGACGGUGGUCACAGAGUACUGCAGAUUGGCAAAAAACUACAAUGCAAGACGUAACAGAGGAGGCAGCCAACAGUGGGACAAGUUACAAGGAUUUUUGGAUGCUGACUUUAGAUGGAGAAAAGCUGUUCCUUCAAAAUCUUUCAGCUUACACUGUAGUGGCCCUCCAUGCAGCUUCAACCCGAAUGGAGUACAAGCACCACCCAUGUACCCUGAUAUCCCCCCUCCAAGCUUACACUGUAGUGGCCCUCCAUGCAGCUUCAACCCAAAUGGAGUAAAAGCACCACCCAUGUACCCUGAUGUCCCCCCUCCAAGCUAUGAGGAGGCCAUGAGGUCAAGCCCUGUGAAAGUUUAUUCCAAUAGCCUUCCAGCUCUCAGUAACAUUACUAACAAUAGCAUGAGAAAGCCACUUUCAAAAUCAAACCUUACAGAAGUGCAGCUGAAAAGAAAGGCACAGAGACUUGAAAAGACCAACAAAGUUCUGAGAAACGAAAAUGAUGGUUUAAAAAAGCUGGUUGGAUCACGUUUAAGGGAUGUUGCCCAGGAACGAGAUAAGGCUGUGACUGCAGCUAACCUGAAGGUACAAAAGAUUGUAGAAGCGAGCCAGAGGAAGUUGAAUAUCGAAACCAGCAAGCUCCGAAAGAAAGUUGAAGAGAAUAUAGAACUUAAGAACAAAUGGAAGACAUGUGCAGAAGAGUUGAUGGAUGCAUGCAAUGAAAACAAUAAAGAGACUGAAAAAGAAAAACAAGCCUUGGAGAGAAAAGUUGAGCGACAACAAGCCAAAAUGAAAGAACUGAGAGAAGAGUUGAAGACAGAAAAGAAAAGACUGCAGAAGGCUGAAGGGAAAGUGACAAGUCUGCAAGACAGGAUUGAAAAAGCGGAGGAAAAUUUGGAGCAAGGGCAGGAAGCGGCAGAAGUGUUUUAUGAAGGUAUCAUAGAGGAGUUAAAAAAACAGGCUGAAAGGUCAGCUGACAGGGAAGAACACUUGCAGAAAAGGGUACAAGAACUGAGUUCAUUAGAGACUAGGUAUGGACAGACAUAUACCGCCCAGGUCCGCCUUACAUACUAUCACCUGCUGACAUUAGGGGUGUCUAGCAACAUUAUCCAGGAAGUGGUUCAAUCUGUCCUAGACAAUCUCACAAAAAUCAACAUGGACAGUGUCACAUUACCUGGACGAACAACAGCACAAAGGCUCAAAAUAGAAGCUGGACACUUAGCAACAAUUAAAGGCUUAAAAGAGUGGGAAAGGCGAGGAAACAAAGAAGUUGCAUACCAGUCAGACCACACGACAAGAGGACAGCUGCACUGGCUGUCACAUAAAGUGAUCCUAAGACAAGAAGGAGAAGAUCAAAAGGACAGGGUUUUUUCAUUGGCAAUUGCUCCAGUCUGCAAUGAGACUGCAGAUAAAACUGUACAACAUCUGAUGGAAACCUUUGAGGAGAUGGGAAAGGUGGCAGACACCAUAGGAAUAGAUGGCAGUUUUGUUAAUGUCUCUGCCAUAAAAACGCACAUGAAGGACAGAGCAGUAGUGGAACAGAGAGUGACAAGCCUGCUGGAAGACAUGAAGGAGUCCAAUUUGGAAUCAAGCACAGAAUGGAAUAAUCUAACUGCUGAAGAGAAGGUAGUGUAUGACAAGUUGAUUGAAUGGAGUGAUGAUGUACAGCCCCUCUUUGAGGGGUCAGAUCCAUUGUGGGGUGGGGGGCGAGACAAGAACUUAGAAGAACACAUGCGGCAGAUCCGUCAACCUGAUGAGACAGAUGCCUUGACAAAGGCUACGUUGCAGGAAAUGUGUAAGGCUGGGGCUAAAAAGCUCAAAGAUCAUGCGCAUGAACACAUGGCUGGUGGAGUGUAUGAAAAUCCUACAGAGGAUCAAGUGGAUGCGGCCAAGUUGAUCGGAGAUGCAACUAAUCUAAGAAUCGAGCAGGACUUUGGAAUACUGGCACAACAGCAGGUCGUCAGCCCCUCGGCAAAUCCGCUCACACAUUCAUGCAUGGUUCGGUGUAAACAAGACAAGCCAGCAAGGUGGCUUGCCAGCCAACCGAGUGAAGAUCAAGAAAAACUCUGUGCUACGGCCAGAAAAGGAGCCAUUAGGUUAAAAAAAAUGUGGGGAACUAAAGAGGAACAACUAAGAAAGAUGUAUGAGGAGGAGCAACCCAGGAGAACUGAACGAAAGAGGAAACGACAAGCCAGGGAGAAAAGAAAGCAAGACAAGAAAAGACAGAUGGUAGAAACACUAUCCAAAAGUGGACUUAUAACAACGUGUAGUAGAAUAAGAAAAAUGAAAGGCCCGGAACUUACCCUCCAGCUGCAGCUCUGGGCGGAGUUGCCCAAGCUAGGACUUGAGAUCAGAGGCGGGGACAGAAUACAAAACAUCAGUAAGUUAAAAGUACAAGAAAAAAAACAUCUGCUAAUACAACUUGCAGAGGAGAAUCCCGGUGUAGGUGAGGAUGUGGAGGAUUACCUCCCCCUCUCGUCUGUACAGGUAGAUGAGGACGACAUUCCUCUUGCUGUGCUUACAAAUGAUGAUGAUGAUGAUGAUAUCCCAUUAGCAGCUCUAGCUGAGGAUUGGUAUGACUCAGAUGAGUCUGACAUGGCUGUGGAAUAG